AUGAUUUAUGUGCGGUAUUACUUUACUGUUCUUUUUGGCCACGAAGGCCAGAAACCACUGGAGCUGCGCUGUGAGGAGGAGCAGGACGGUCAAGAGUGGAUGGAGGCCAUUCACCAAGCCAGUUAUGCAGACAUAUUGAUUGAGAGGGAAGUGUUAAUGCAGAAGUACAUUCAUCUAGUUCAGAUCGUAGAGACAGAAAAAAUUGCAGCUACCCAACUACGGCAUCAACUUGAAGAUCAAGAUACAGAAAUCGAGAGGCUUAAAUCAGAGAUUAUCGCUCUUAAUAAAACCAAGGAACGAAUGCGACCUUACCAAAGCAAUCAAGAAGAUGAGGAUCCGGACAUAAAGAAGAUUAAAAAGGUUCAGAGCUUCAUGCGAGGAUGGUUGUGUAGAAGGAAAUGGAAGACCAUUGUACAGGAUUACAUUUGUUCUCCUCACGCUGAAAGUAUGAGGAAGAGAAACCAGAUUGUGUUCACCAUGGUUGAGGCUGAGUCGGAGUAUGUGCACCAGCUCUACAUCCUGGUCAAUGGCUUCCUCCGGCCCCUGCGAAUGGCAGCCAGCUCCAAGAAGCCCCCCAUCAGCCAUGACGAUGUCAGCAGUAUUUUUCUCAACAGUGAAACAAUCAUGUUUCUUCAUGAAAUAUUUCAUCAAGGACUGAAGGCAAGGAUAGCAAACUGGCCUACUUUAAUUUUAGCUGAUCUGUUUGAUAUUUUGCUCCCCAUGCUGAACAUUUAUCAAGAAUUUGUGCGUAAUCACCAGUACAGCCUCCAAGUGCUUGCCAAUUGUAAGCAAAACAGAGAUUUUGACAAACUCUUAAAACAGUAUGAAGCCAACCCUGCCUGUGAGGGGAGGAUGCUGGAAACGUUCUUGACCUAUCCAAUGUUUCAGAUCCCCAGGUAUAUCAUCACACUUCAUGAACUCCUCGCUCAUACACCCCACGAGCAUGUGGAGAGGAAAAGUCUGGAGUUUGCUAAAUCAAAAUUAGAAGAACUGUCCAGAGUAAUGCACGAUGAAGUGAGCGACACUGAAAACAUAAGGAAGAACCUUGCCAUAGAAAGAAUGAUCGUCGAGGGCUGUGAUAUUUUGCUGGACACCAGCCAAACUUUCAUCCGCCAAGGUUCUCUUAUUCAAGUACCUUCCGUUGAGAGGGGGAAACUUAGUAAAGUUCGCCUGGGUUCAUUGUCUUUGAAAAAGGAAGGAGAAAGACAAUGCUUCUUAUUUACAAAACACUUUUUAAUUUGUACGAGAAGUUCAGGAGGAAAGCUGCAUCUGCUCAAGACAGGUGGGGUCCUCUCUCUAAUAGAAUGUACGUUGAUUGAGGAGCCCGAUGCCAGCGACGAUGACUCCAAAGGUUCUGGGCAAAUGUUUGGACACCUGGAUUUUAAAAUAGUGGUGGAGCCUCCUGAUGCUGCCCCCUUCACUGUUGUCUUGUUAGCACCUUCACGCCAGGAGAAAGCUGCCUGGACAAGCGACAUAAGUCAGUGUGUGGACAAUAUACGGUGUAAUGGUUUAAUGACUAUAGUGUUUGAAGAGAAUUCCAAAGUUACUGUGCCACAUAUGAUUAAGUCUGACGCCCGUCUUCAUAAGGAUGAUACUGACAUUUGCUUCAGUAAAACACUCAACUCCUGCAAAGUGCCCCAGAUCCGUUAUGCCAGCGUGGAGCGCCUCUUGGAGCGGCUGACAGACUUGCGGUUUCUUAGUAUCGAUUUCCUCAACACCUUUCUGCACACCUAUCGGAUUUUCACUACCGCAGCUGUGGUGCUGGCGAAGCUUUCUGACAUAUACAAGAGGCCUUUCACCUCCAUCCCUGUCAGGUCGUUGGAAUUGUUUUUUGCUACCAGCCAGAAUAACAGAGGUGAACAUUUGGUGGAUGGCAAAUCCCCACGCCUGUGUCGCAAAUUCUCUUCCCCACCACCACUGGCUGUGUCCAGAACGUCCUCCCCAGUGAGGGCCAGAAAGCUGUCCUUGACUUCUCCCUUGAACUCAAGGAUAGGAGCACUGGACCUGACCACCUCCUCGACGUCCAGCAGUCCUACCACCACCCAAAGCCCUGCUGCGUCCCCUCCACCACACACUGGUAAAGUACCGUUGGAUCUUAGCAGAGGCCUUUCUUCUCCAGAACAAAGCCCGGGAUCUGUAGAAGAGCAUGUAGAUAACCCCCGCGUGGAUCUGUGUAACAAGCUAAAGCGAAGUAUUCAAAGAGCAGCAGUGCUAGAGUCUGCACCAGUGGACCGAGCAGGAGUGGAAAGCUCCCCGGCGGCGGAUGCCCCAGAACUUUCACCUAGCAGGUCACCCUCGACUCCUCGACACCUCCGCUAUCGCCAGCCUGUAGGACAGACGGCUGACAACUCCCACUGCUCUGUUUCGCCUGCUUCUGCCUUUGCAAUUGCCACAGCUGCAGCAGGACACGGGAGUCCACCCGGCUUUAACAACACGGAGAGAACAUGCGACAAAGAGUUUAUUAUACGCAGAACAGCCACCAAUCGAGUCCUGAAUGUCCUCCGUCACUGGGUCUCAAAGCACGCGCAGGAUUUCGAACUCAACAACGAACUAAAGAUGAACGUCCUAAAUUUGCUAGAAGAAGUUUUGCGAGACCCAGACCUCCUUCCCCAAGAAAGGAAAGCCACAGCGAAUAUCCUGAGGGCCCUUUCACAAGAUGAUCAAGAUGACAUCCACCUAAAAUUAGAGGAUAUAAUUCAACUGACGGACUGUCCGAAGGCUGAGUGCUUUGAGACCUUGUCAGCCAUGGAGCUGGCGGAGCAGAUCACCCUCCUGGACCACAUCGUUUUCAGAAGCAUUCCCUACGAAGAAUUUCUUGGGCAGGGGUGGAUGAAGCUGGAUAAAAAUGAAAGAACACCUUACAUUAUGAAAACCAGCCAACACUUCAAUGAUAUGAGUAACCUGGUGGCCUCGCAGAUCAUGAAUUAUGCCGACGUCAGCUCCCGAGCCAACGCGGUUGAGAAGUGGGUGGCGGUGGCAGACAUCUGCCGAUGCCUGCACAACUACAACGGCGUGCUGGAGAUCACCUCGGCCCUGAACAGGAGUGCCAUCUACAGGCUGAAGAAAACCUGGGCCAAGGUGUCCAAGCAGACAAAAGCUCUAAUGGACAAACUUCAGAAGACUGUUUCAUCUGAAGGAAGAUUUAAAAAUCUCAGAGAAACCCUUAAAAAUUGUAACCCCCCCGCUGUUCCUUAUCUGGGGAUGUACCUGACAGACCUGGCGUUUAUUGAAGAAGGAACACCAAACUUUACUGAGGAAGGCCUUGUCAAUUUCUCCAAAAUGAGAAUGAUAUCACACAUCAUCAGAGAGGUGCGCCAGUUCCAGCAGACUUCCUACCGAAUAGACCAUCAGCCAAAGGUCACUCAGUACUUGCUUGACAAAGCCCUCAUCAUAGAUGAAGAUACGCUGUAUGAGCUGUCGCUAAAAAUUGAACCUCGGCUCCCUGCUUGAGGAUUCGGCCUUGCCCCUGAAUCCAUCAAAUUUUCAUGGAAAGCAGGAUGGACAGAACUGUGCAUGCCAUGCCUCCCAUGGUGCAGCAAGGACCGGGGAGGGAGACGAAGCCAGUCUCCCUUGUCCACAGAAGAAGCCGGAACCGAACUGGACUUCUGUGUUCUCCAGGCAGGGGAGCCCAGCUGUUUGGGGUCAAAGACAGACUCGGGUGGGAAGGUGAAAAGAUUGCUAUUUGGUAAAGCUGAUGGCAUGUUUUGCACAAGGGAAUGUAAGAUGGGAGAUGCUGGUAGGCAUUGUAAUGAAGCAGGUAAGAAGAUGAAUUUCAAGCCUGCCACAUGUUCUGUUAGAACUCAGGGACAAGGAUCCAUGGAAAAGACCUGUGAUGUUUCUCUGCCACUUUACUGGCCUGGGUACACCCACCAAUAUCCUCCUAGGAUUUAACUGCUUCCUUUACGUUUCCCUUGUUACAAGCUUCCAGAAAAGCCGAGGCUUCCUCUGUAGGGAUGGACUAACACAUAAGCACUUUCAGUCUAUAGCAUGUGCAUGGUCUUCAGUGCAUCAUAGACAUUUAUAUUGGAGGAAUAGCAUGUUCUGAAACUGCUUUUUCAGUCCUUAGGCAACAGGACAUUAAAGACAGGAUGAA